UACAUUGAUUAUCAAAUGAAUACUUUAGAGAGAGAAAGAAUAAUAUGAAUCCAUGUGUGUAGGCCUGCAUCAAAUCGUAAGAAACUAAAAAGAUCACGAAAUAUUUGUGACUUUUCAUUUGAUUUCCUCUCUCUCUCUCUCUCUCUCUCUACAAGUAUAUAUAUAUGGAUCUAUAUACAUUCCCAGGCAUCAUUCAUUAUCUGAUACAUUCUUCAUUUCAUAAUUUAUAAUGUCCGCGGAGUAUCAUGAAGAUGUGCCUCAUGUUCUAGCUGUUGAUGAUAAUAUCAUUGAUCGUAAACUCGUUGAAAAGUUGCUAAAAACUUCUUCUUGUAGGGUGACUACAGCAGAAAAUGGGAUGAGAGCGUUGGAGUAUUUAGGGUUAAGAGAAAAUCAUCAACAAAAUCAUUGUAACAACAACGGUUCAAAAGUAAAUAUGAUAAUUACAGAUUAUUGCAUGCCAGGAAUGACUGGGUAUGAGCUUCUUCAAAAGAUAAAGGAAUCAUCGGUGUUGAAGGAUGUUCCGGUGGUCAUAAUGUCAUCUGAGAAUAUCGAAACACGAAUUAAUGAAUGCUUAGAAAUGGGAGCACAAACGUUUAUGUUGAAGCCGUUGAAGUUAGCAGAUGUGAAGAAGUUGAGACAUCAAUUAACAAAAUGAUAAUUUAGAUUAAUUUAUAAACGGUGAUUGUAAUUGGUUAAAUGAUUUUGGUUUAUGUAUUUGCAAUUUUGAUACAGGUUAUUUAUCUUCAAUGUUUCCCAUUGUUGGUUUCUUUAAUUUUGGUUUAUUUAAU